GGUCUACUGUCUACGUCGACAGUGUACGGUAUACAGUCUUAUAGUCUAUGGUCUACAGUCAUAAAGGUCUACAUUCUAAAUUCUACAAUCUACAAUCUAUAGUCAAACAGUCAGUCUACGACCAUCUAGUCAUAGAGGUAUACGGUGUACGGUAUACGGUAUACUGUCUACGGUCUAUGGUACACCAUCCACGGUCAACGUAUACUGUCUAUGGCCAUUCGUCCUGAGGGUAUACAGUCUACGGUCUAAUUACACUGUCCGCUGUCUGUCUACUGUCUACUCUCUGUCUACAUCUACAGUCAACAGUCAAAAGUCAACAGUCUACGGUCU